AUGCCGCCGGAGGAGCAGCUCUCGCUUGAGCGGAAUGCUCGCCGGACGGACGCCUCGAGGCGUAAGGCAGCUCGCGAUGCGAAGGAGUCGACGGAGGCCCAAGGACAGCCGGAUGCGGAGCCGGCGGCCCAGGAUGCGCACCACGUGUCCCUGGAUGCUGCCACCCCGGAUGACGAAGAGAAGGGGCCCCCGAGUGGCUCGGAAGUGAACUCCACCCUGGACUCGGAGGUGGAGGUUGUGGGCGUGUCCAUCCCGAAUGCGCCCGCCCAAGCGUCUGUGGGAGGCGCUGUCAAGGUUGAGUCGUCGGCUGUGGUUGAACCUUCGGGAACGUCCCGGCCGGCCCAAGAUGUGAUCGUGCUGGACGACGACUCGGAUGAGUCCCCCUCGCAGGCGCGCACGAUCAAGGCAGAAGGACCGUUACCAGCCGUCCAAGAAGGGCCGGCGUCAAGCUUGCCGAAUGAGACUCCGUUGCCCAGCUCGCCCGUUCCGAACGCCGCUCCAGUUGUGCCGCCCAGGGUGGCUACCCCGGAGGUUCCCCGAAUGCUCAUUGACCUGACUGGUCCCGAUGAAGAUUCCGGAGAGCGGGAGUCCGCCGCCCGGAUGAGGGAGUUUGUGGCCGACCAGCCAGCGCUGGACGUUCAUGCGCUGGAGGAUGCUGCCUUGGAUGCGGUCAAGGAGGAACACCCGGACGACGACGUGCCAAUGCCGACCCGGGAGAUGGACGUGCUCGGUCGAGAAUCGCUGACCACGAUGCGAGUCACGCAGGACGCCAUGGCUCGGGUGGAUGCGAGCGUUCAGGAGAUGAACCAACAGCUCCAGGACAAGGACGACACCCCGGACCGGAAGACCGAAGCCGAUGACGAGGAGGAGCGAACCUUCCAGACCUACCGGGCCACUCAACUGCUGGUCGGCCGGGAGGACGCCCUGGAAAACCAAUGUGCUCUCGACACACAGGCCCCGGUUCAGGUGAUCACGAGUGAAGCGACGACGGAGAACGCCCGUGAAAUCGUGGGGGCUAUCCAGGAAGACGCCUUGAAGCGUGCGCGAGAAGCCGUGAAGGCGGAACGCGCGCAGGAAGAACACCUCCGGUCCGAAGCUGAAGCCGUCCGACGAGUCCAGGAGGCCACGAAGCUGCAAGUUCAGGAGGCAAUGAUGCAGAAGACCCUGGAAGAGCGGCGAAGAUUGCUGGAAGAGCAGCAGAAGCUCUUCGACCGAAAGAUCGCUUUGCUAGAGACAGCCCAGUCGCGGGACAAGGUGGCUGGCCCUGACCAGGGGAUGGUUCGGAGAACGCGUUCGCGCGACACUCGGACGACAUCAUCCCAGGUCCAAGGGGCUCAAGCGACACCUGUACCUGAUCCGACUGUUCAGGUCAAGCAAGAGACAGGGCGCCUGACGAUGCACCAAGAACCCAGUGGCGUCAUCACUGGACACGCAAGUGAUAGACGGGCCAAACCAGAUGCGACGACCGAGAAGUCGGGAUCCAAGCCGGCUGCCUCUUCUCGUCCGGAGCCCAAGAAAACGGCCACCCGGAAGGACUCACUCAAGAAGCGAUCGAGUAAACGUGGGGACCCCUCGGACGACAGCUCAAGCUCGGGCUCGAGCGAGGAAGACUCAAGCGAUGAAGACUCCGACAGCUCGUCCGGUGAGGUGCUCACCAACGUGACGACGGUGACGACCCAAGGCGGGACGAUGAUCAUGUCGUUCAGGCCGUAUAUGAGCUCCAGCGCUCUGGAAGACUUCAACGAGGACACUCCAUUGGCCGUCCGGCGCCUUAUGUGGGAGAAGUUCCAGAACCUCGCGACGCAGGGCGGAUGGUCCGACAGGACGCGAGUCUGCGAGCUCAAGCUGAAGAUGUCGCCGGGGGUCCGAAAUUGUAGAGGACUGGACCAGGUUGUCCAAGUCCAUCCGUCGAGAGUCAAGGUGUCGGAAAACGAGCGCUACUACACGAUGACACAGCGCAAGGGGGAGAAGGCACAGGCGUUCCUGUACCGCCUGAACAUCGCGGCGGAACACGCGAAGGUGGAUUUCCGGAAGUCGAGCAAGCAGCGUGAGAUGCAUAUCCGCCAGUUCAUCCUGAACCUCCACGACGAGCGGACCAAGGCAGCCGUGGAAAGCCACCGGUUCAAGUAG